UGUGUAUGUGUAAUAUCGUAUUUUGUAUGUCUCUAUACAUACGCAGGAGUCCCUGGGUGGUGCAAAUGGUUAGGCGCUGGGCUGGACUAUUAACUGAAAGGUUGGCGGUUCAAACCCACCCAGAGGCACCUCGGAAGUAACAACAUAAAUAUGCAUGCAUAUCUGGCUUAAGUUGAUUGAAGCCAUGGCCAUUCUAUUUGCUGUUGUUGCCAGGGGAACCACUAUCCUUGCCAAACAUGCUUGGUGUGGAGGAAACUUCCUGGAGGUGACAGAGCAGAUUCUGGCUAAGAUACCUUCUGAAAAUAACAAACUGACAUACUCACAUGGCAAUUAUUUGUUUCAUUACAUCUGCCAAGACAGGAUUGUAUAUCUUUGUAUCACUGAUGAUGAUUUUGAACGUUCUCGAGCCUUUACUUUUCUGAAUGAGAUAAAGAAGAGGUUCCAAACUACAUAUGGUUCGAGAGCACAGACAGCACUUCCAUAUGCCAUGAAUAGCGAGUUCUCAAGUGUCUUGGCUGCACAGCUGAAGCAUCACUCUGAGAAUAAGGGCCUAGACAAAGUGGUGGAGACUCAAGCCCAAGUGGAUGAACUAAAAGGAAUCAUGGUCAGAAACAUAGAUCUGGUAGCUCAACGUGGAGAAAGAUUGGAAUUAUUGAUAGACAAAACAGAAAACCUUGUGGAUUCAUCUGUCACCUUCAAAACAACCAGCAGAAAUCUUGCCCGAGCCAUGUGUAUGAAGAAUCUCAAGCUCACUAUUAUCAUCAUCAUUGUAUCAAUUGUGUUCAUCUAUAUCAUUGUGUCUCCUGCCUGUGGUGGAUUUACAUGGCCAAGCUGUAUAAAGAAAUAAGAACGAAAAAGUUAUUAACCAAGGAUAGGAGAGAACAAGGAGUUAAAAGUAAUCCAUGUGACUCAAGUCUUUGCUGCUGACAGGUGGUAUCUGUCGGUCUCUUCGACGCUCUUCUCACUGUCUCAUUUUUUUACUGUUAUUCUAUACCUCCGGAUUUAUCUCUGUUCCAUCAACCAGUUUAUCCCAGUGCACUUCAGAUUGAACUAUCAUUGCAGCAGUAGCCUUAAAAAGGCUACGUUUGUUUCUUUGGUUUGUGUAACUAGUAUUGUCUACUUAGGGAAACAUUUUUGUUUUUAAUUGCACAAAGCAAUCAAGAAGGUGAAAAUCACCAGUCUUAUGAGUUGUCUACUAGGGUUAAGGAGGAAUUUUGUAUGUGCACACAAAAGUAUUCCAGAGACAGAUAGUAUUACUAACAUCUCAUCAUAAUGCCUGUUGUUGUUUAAGAGUUAUUAGGUGCUUCAAAACAGUAUAAACGGAGAAUAGUUCUUAUCUUGGGAAUUAUAAUCAGAUUGUUGGUGCUGCUUGUUUCUAGGAGCCCAGACCGGUAAAGUAUUAAACAUUUUAUUUCAGUCACAUGGGGAACAUUUUGCUAGCCCAUUUAGAAGCACACACAAAUAUCCUUGUCCUCCUAGUAUUCACAUUCAGGAACAAAGUUCAAUAUGCUGACCAUUCACAACACAAUGACUGGUUUUAUAUCUUCUGUUUCCACAUUGCAGUUAAUAUGAGAAGAUGAUGGUUUAAAUAUUGUUGAAGGUUGUGUUUUUUAUAUUCCUUUUUAUUCUGUGGAUGUUUAGGGCAACUGUAUUGUUCAUAGAAUGGGUAGUGAAGGGGGUAGGGAGACAAAUUGCUCUGGCUCACCAAAGAAAAAGAAGAGAACCACAGUGGGUGUGCUCACAUUUAGCUGUAUGAAGGGAGGUAGUCUGGGAAAAAAUCUCCAUUCCGGGAGAGGCCACAAACUGAGUACAGUCAACCAUCAAGUCCAGCGUUCGGGUUUGACUGCUGUUGAAUAAUAGUUGUGAGCAUCCUUUGUGGUGUAAUCAGUUCUUUAAUCUGCCUAGUUUUGAAGAUUUCCCUUGUGAAACAUGAAAGAGAGUAGACAGUAUGAUGUAUAGGAACGAUACAAAAUUGUUUACCAUUCAUUUAACUGCAGUCUAAGAAAACUGGUCUGUAAUCAUACUGCUUAGGCUACUCUGGCAUCUGUUAUAAGCAUGUGUUUUUGGUGUGUAUCUGAAAGGAAGAUAUUUGCUGCCCUAGAUCUGAUUGCAUUUAUUUAUCAGUAAGUGCCAUUCAAUGGAAAUUAUAUUGCAUUUGACCGUUUUCCCAGUGAGAGAAUAAAUUAGUCUGUAGGACCUAGCAGCCUGUUUGGCCUGGUCGUGUGCCUUGACUAUAGAUGUACCACAUAAUCUGGCUCAUGGUGCCUGUUCUUCCAGCUAAACCUUUCAGUUCCUGCUACCUGAUUCAUGUAUUUGAAAAAUAUCUUAGGACCACUGAAAUUCUUUUCCCGUUGAUCAUGCAUAGCACAAACAUUUCUUCCAGACCUCUUUAUCAACACUAACGCAUUUUAGUUGAAUCAGCAUUUCCUAUUGGAAAACACAUUUGUUUCAGAAAAACAUUUGGCACUCCUGAAUAAAAAUUUCCAGAUGUCUUUUAUCCAAAGAAAAAGGCUUAAAGCUCGUUUGCCUUUCUUAUACACACCUGAAUAAAACUGAUGUGCAUGUUUUAGGGAUCAAUUACUGUUCCUUGUUCUAUUUAUGUAUAAAAAUGCUUUUGAAAGCACAGGUUUUGUUUUAAAUAAUGCACAAACUGAGGACAUUAAUAAAACUUAAGACUAAUACAA